GGUGAGGCCGGCCUCCUGCAGAUGAAGAACAAAAAGGAGCUGUCCAUCUUGCAAGAAGCGAAACAUCGCUCCAGUGACGGUCUCUGGCUGGUAUGUCUCUUUGCGGACUGGACCUCUACGAUGUGAACAAAGUCAACGGCCAACACAGCACUUUUGUAGGAUGAAAGUUACGAAAGUGGUCUCGACCCUCUGGAGGGUCGCCCUCUUCAUAUACGGUAGGAAUUCAUACUAUGAGAGGCAGAGAUGGGGUUCGUGGGAACGUCUUCUUGGGUUGACCAGAAUCAUCGACACUAAGGCUGUCGGGCAAUUGCAUUGGGACAUCAACACCUGGACAGAUGAUGAAGUGAUGGCUUGGAAACAAUCCUACAUCUCAACCUGUACAGCUGUUACAGUUGCUGGCGCCAUCUUCGCCAGCGUCGGCCUUACUGCGCUUCAAUUGCCCAACAUGGACUCUACGCAUUGGAGUUCUAGAGCCUUGCUAUCAUGCUCGAUGAUACUCGGAGUGCUGUCCGUCGUCUCCGCUGCGUCCCAGCAACAACAUAUUGCAGUCCUUAAUAAAGCCUUCGACAUCCGCAUGUGGCUAAGUCGAGGCAAAACCGAACUGGACAAACGACACUAUCGCAGACCAUUCUCCCAUCUUCCAUUGGAGAGUUCUGUGGCAGCUAUGAAUUUGCUCUACAUGCCAAAAGUGCUACUCAAUCUUGCUGUGCUGCUUUACACUAUUGGAUUUGGCAUAUACCUACUAUAUUCUUGGAUAUAUCAUGCUGAACGUGACGGCGGGCGAGAUGAUUUCGCAACAUCUUCAUCGCAUUUGUGGCGACGGUUGGCCUUGUUUACCUGAAUGUCGUCAUGGUCGACGGUUUUGCAUUUGCGGAUGAAAGGAAAAGAACUUCUGAUUUCAAUCUAGAUAGGACCGCGACUUUUGCAAAACCUAUCUCACAAAACAGUUGGAGGAAUGGCUGCAGACGCUACAUGAUAUGCAGAGUACCACGGUCGGAGUGGGUGAGUUAUAUGCGAAGCUCGAAACUGCGGUCAAUGAUCUGCAGACGAAGUGGGAAUUGGAAAGGAUCGAGCAAGAGAAGCGCAGAGAAGAGCAUUGGGAGGCGCGAAAGAGAAGGAGGGCAACCAGGGUUGCAACUGGACAAGCAUGAGGAGUGAGCGCCUGGAGAGCAUAUGCCAACCAUGACGUUGUUUAUCGAAGCUGUUCUUGCUCUUGGUCUACGACAAGAAUCACACUCGGAAGUGAACUGUUUCGGUGCGCCCACUAUCAACCUGGACUCACGCCAUCUCAAGCAGUGCUACGAGUCAUCCUCGAGCCUUCUUCGGCCAUCGCGAUGGCAGCCCUCGUCCGCUCGUCAAUGUCUUCCUUUGGCAAUCCCAACACGUCAUUACUCAAUCCCUUCUUCGAUUCAAAGUCUCCACCACCAUCGCGGAAGAAAACUCGCGCAUACAACAACUUCGGAUAUCCAUCCCUAUUGCCACUCUGCAAUUCCGAGACACCAUUCUUGUACCGUUCGUGGACGUCCUCAUACUUGAUGUUCCAGUCCUUCUCAGUCGUCCCGGUCACACGAAGAACGGAAUCAAACAUAUCUUUCUGGCUGACCAAGAACGACGAGAUGGACACGAACUGAUCUUUGAACUGCGACAGUGUGACACUCUUGUCACCCGCGUCCUCAGGCAAGACUUUGAGGCUGAACAACUUGGCCACAGCACGACCACACUGGUCCCAC